AUGAGUCCCCUUUUUGCUGUUGUUUCUUUCCUCUAUACUUCAGACCGCCUGUUCAACUCUGCAGUAUCAUUAACGCCGCCCAUCGAGAAGCCAAAACCCUUCCAAGAUCCCAAACCACAAGCCGACGAGCCGACCUUGGAGGAGGAACUCAAGCCGGCUGAGCCAGCACCCGAGCCAGUCGAGCCCGAAUCGAAGCCGGCCGAGCAAGACGCGAAGCAGCCCGAGGAAGCCGAGAAAAACAAGCAGUCGGAGGAUACCGAACAAAACAAGCAGUCGCAGGAGACUACUCCGGCCCAAAAGCCCACCGAGAAGCCCAAUGAUUCGACGCAACAACCGAAGCCUCCGGAGUUGCUAGCCAAGACCGGCUAUGACGCUGAGAGCGGCAAUGACCACCUCAUCUUCACCGGCGGACUGCUUACCCUCGGUCCUGAUAGCGCCGCCGUUGUCGAUCUGGCCAUGAGCCUUGGCGCCUCCUCCGUUCGCGGAAUUCCAGAGGACAGAGUGCUUCUGGUGCGCGAAUUGAUGAACGCACCCCGCAACAACGGAACCAACAAGAUCCAUGGCCUCGGCGGCGACAACGAGGCCGAUGAUGAGCUUGAGCAGGAGCACCUGGCGCGCGGAGACUACGUCGAACGAAUCGUUGCCAACUCGCUUACUGUUGAGCAAAUCGACUGGCUCGCAGAUCUCCCCGCCAUUCUCGAUAUUGGCAACAUCCCCACCGUGCAAAGCGUUUACGUUUCCCAUGCGGGCCUCGUCCCAGGCCUCAAACCUGAUGUUCACGAUCCCUGGCCCGCCAUGAACAUGCGCAGUAUCGUCUACCCCCGCGAACAAGUCCGCUGGACGACCGCUAAGAAGUUGGUCGAGGAGCGCCUAAAGAAGCAAGAAGCCGAGAGUGGGAAGAAGAAGUUUAUCGGCCGCAAGGCCAAAGACGCCCUCAUUCUCGCCGCCUACCAAGAUUCCGCCAGGCCAGGUGACAGGGACGUCAUGGUCCCCAUUGACGACUACUCGGGUUACGAAUGGGCCCCUGUCUGGAACCGCAUGGAAUCGGAGAAGAGCGAAGCUGAGAGGCAAACAAUCAUCUAUGGUCGCGACACCAAGUACGGCCUUAACCUUGGCAAGUACACCUUUGGACUCAACACCAGGUGUGUCUUUGGCGAGCAGCUUACCGCCCUCGUUAUAUCCGGCUCCUCGACUGGCGUCCAACAAAAGACGAUAUCUGUCGACUGCUCAAGAGAACAGGAGCCCGAAAAUACGGAAUAA